UUUUACUGAUUUUCUUACACGGAUAUAUUAUUUUACGACUAACCAACGACCAAGUUCUUUAUAAAUUAAGCCUUAGAACGUUACCGGUAUUUUUUAGUAUCCGUGUUACUGUUUUUUGUCGAAUGCAAAAAACUAUGGUAUUUUUUUUAUAAUUAACAGUAUAAAGUUAUUCGAAAAUAUUGCUAAUACUAAAUAGCAUCUUGAAUUUGCUUUGCCUUGCACCAAAACUAGUCAGUAGUCAUAACCUAUAACAAGUUAACUACACUAAACCUACUACGGUUGAAUAUUUCAAUAAGCCUUCGGAUACAGUUCUGUAUUAUCAAAAAGGAUGAUGAUGCUGUACAGAAAAUUUCUAUUCAAACCACUGUGCAACCGUAUGCAACUACAUUCGGAAGCGUUAAAUAACAUUCAAAAGAGCAUACCGUGCGUUACGCCCAUAUUUAGAUUAGCAAAACAAUGGCCAAACAAAGUUGCCAUUAUAGACAAAUUCGGAGAACACACAUACUCUUCGAUAUACAACAGCAGCAUCGCAUUGUCCAAAGUGUUAGAAAAAUGUAUGAGAGGAGAAACACAAGAACGUGUUGCUAUACUGUGCCCAAACAAUGCGUCCUAUGUGGUGGCCCAAUGGGCCUCUUGGAUGAGCGGUCAAAUCGUGGUUCCGUUGAGCCCAUCGCAUCCAGCAUCUAUGCUCGAAUAUUUUCUUAACGACAGCGACGCUCAAGUUAUUGUGACAACAUCGGAAUUCGAGUCAACCAUACAACCUUUGACCGAAAAACUUCAACAAAAAUAUUUGAUUUUUGAAGACCACAUAAGUUUAAACUAUAAACCACUCGGCAAGACAUCGUUUGAGAAUGGCGACGAGGUCAAGCUGUUGGAAUGUCAAAAUGACGUUAGCGAUGAGCAAUUUUUCAAUUCCAACGCUAUGAUAAUCUAUACGUCUGGAUCAACGGGUCCGCCGAAAGGCGUUCUGCUAAGUCACAAGAAUUUGAAUGCGCAAAUAAAUAGUUUAAAAGAUUCUUGGGGCUGGACCAACAAAGACGUUAUUUUACACGCGUUGCCGUUGCAUCAUAUUCACGGUAUCGUCAAUGUUUUAAUGUGUUCACUACACUCCGGAGCUAGAUGCGUCAUGCUACCAAAGUUUGACGCCUCCGAUGUGUGGACUUGGUUACUGGCUAUCGAACAGUACUACGGGUAUAGAGUGAAUAUGUUCAUGGGCGUUCCUACUAUGUACGUCAAAUUGAUUGAAAAUUAUGAAAAAAUGUUUGAGAAGAACGACAGAAUGGUAGAAUACAUAAAAGCCGUCUGUUCUCAAAAAAUUAGAUUAAUGGUCAGUGGAUCCGCUCCGUUGCCUAGUACAGUUUUCGAUCGAUGGGAACAAAUUACUGGACAGAAACUAUUGGAAAGAUACGGUAUGAGUGAAAUAGGCAUGGCCCUCUCUAAUCCUCUGAAUGGCGAAAGGAGACCAGGUUUUGUCGGUCAUCCCCUGCCGGGCGUAAGCGUACGUAUUGUCAACGAUGACAACGUCUUGGUAGAAGGAAACAGUGUGGAAACAAAAGUAAUUGACCCCAAAGCCAAACAAAAGGACGGAAGUUUUGUAGGUACUUUGCAAGUGACGGGUGAUGCCGUUUUCAAGGGUUAUUGGCGUAAACCAGAAGCAACUAAAAAUGAGUUCACUGAAGACGGAUGGUUCAAAACAGGAGACACGGCAGAAUUCUCGGACAACAGUUAUAGGAUAUUGGGUCGGACGUCGGUAGAUAUAAUUAAGACCGGAGGAUACAAAGUUAGCGCUCUGUUUAUUGAGACCAUAAUGUUACAAAACAAAUUAAUUCAAGAUAUAGCCAUAGUCGGCCUGCCGGACAAUACGUGGGGUCAGAGAAUAGCAGCUCUGCUCGUGGUCAACAAUCAAGUUUCCCAAGAAAUGGAUAACAAAAAAAUAAUCAAAGAAUUGAAAACAUGGGCUGAAACGGUUUUGCCGCCGUACAGUAUACCGUCAGUGAUAAAACUUGUCGAACAAAUACCUAGAAACGCUAUGGGCAAAGUGGAUAAAAAAUCAUUGUUAACAAAAUCUUUUAAAGAAUAUCUAGAAGCGUACUCAACUAAAUAGUUUAUUUAUAAAUAUUACACACAAAUGAUUAUAGUUUAUUAUUUUACUUAUAUAACAUUAUUAAAUUAUAAACAUAAUGAGACUGUUACUUUUUCUUUUA